GAGCGAGUAUGUGUGCGUGCGGGGGGGGGAGCGCAGGUUUCCUCCAGGAUGUGCUGAGAGGGAGGAGGCGUUCGUGACACAGCAGCCCGGAAGGGGCCAGACCCACGGCGAGCUCACCCACGGUCGGAGGACAGACCCGCGCGGAGGUCCCGGCGGUGCAGGGCCUCGCGGGGGGGGGAGAUCACGGGUGUAGUGUUUGAAGUCCACGUCAUCGACAUCGACAGUUUUGCGGGAAGAGCACAGAGAUGAUGAGCGGAAAGGCGAGGAGCGCCGUGCGGGACGGCGGAGGGGACAGAGGAGCAGAGGACAGCAGGAGGGCGGACGGUAGGGUGGACAGUAGAGUGGACAGUAGAGUGGACGGCGGGGGGGACCGCGCCCCGGCCCCGGCCCCGGGCGCAGAACCGCGCUCCUCCGUCUCCGACCUCACCCGCAUGUGGCUCCAGUUCGCGCGCACGUUCGCCGUCAUCUUCCCAAUUUACCUGCUGGGCUACUUCGCGUUCAGCUUCAGCUGGGUGCUCAUCGGACUCGCCGUCUUCUUCUGGUGGAGGAGGAAUAAAGGAACGAAGAGGAGUAGAUGGAGCAGAGCCUUCGACUUCCUGGACCAGGAGGAGGAGGCGAGCGGCCAGGGAGCUCUUCAGCCAUACGAGCUGCCCCCAUGGGUCCAUUUUCCAGAUGUGGAGAGAGUGGAGUGGCUCAAUAAGACGGUCAAGCAGAUGUGGCCGUACAUCUGCCAGUUUGUGGAGAAGCUCUUCCGCGAGACCAUCGAGCCAGCGGUGAAGGGGGCCAGCCCCCACCUCAGCACCUUCUGCUUCACCAAGAUUGACCUGGGGGACAAGCCUAUCCGAGUCAACGGGGUGAAGGUGUACGGCGAGAACGUGGACAAGCGGCAGAUCAUCAUGGACCUGCAGAUAAGCUUUGUGGGGAAUACGGAGAUCGACGUCGACAUCAAGCGCUACUACUGCAGAGCGGGCAUCAAGAGCAUUCAGCUCCAUGGGGUUCUUCGGGUCAUCAUGGAGCCUCUGCUGGGGGACAUGCCGCUGGUGGGAGCCCUGGCCCUCUUCUUCUUGAAGAAACCGCUGUUGGACAUCAACUGGACCGGGCUGACCAACAUGCUUGAUAUUCCUGGAUUGAACGGUCUGUGUGACAACCUCAUCCAGGACAUCAUCUGCAACAACCUGGUCCUUCCCAACCGCAUCACGGUGCCCUUGGUGGGCGAGAGCCAGUUGGAGAAGCUGCGCUUCCCUAUGCCCAAGGGUGUUCUGAGGAUCCACUUCUUGGAAGCGCAGGACCUCGUCGGGAAGGACAAGUUUCUGCGGGGGCUCAUCAAGGGGAAGUCGGACCCCUACGGCGUCAUCCAGAUUGGCAACCAGCUCUUCCAGAGCAAGACCAUCAAAGAGACGGUGCACCCCAAGUGGAACGAGGUCUACGAGGCCUUGGUGUACGAGCACUCGGGACAGCACCUGGAGAUCGAGCUCUUUGACGAGGACCCUGAUAAAGACGACUUCCUGGGAAGCCUGAUGAUUGACAUGGCUGAGCUCUACAAGGAGCAGCUGGUCGAUGAGUGGUUUGUUCUCGAUGAGGUCUCCAGUGGGAAGCUCCACCUCAAGCUGGAGUGGCUCUCCCUCCUGUCAACGCCCGAGAAGCUCGAUCAGGCGCUGGCGAGCAUCAAGGCGGACAGAGGCCACGCCAACGACGGCCUGUCCUCGGCGCUGCUGCUCGUGUACCUGGACUCGGCCCGCAACCUGCCCCGCAAUCCAUUAGCGUUCAACUCCCACGGGCUGAAGAGAGCCUCCAUGAAUAAGGCGCUCAAGUCCGGCAAGAAGGUGAGCAGCGACCCCAAUCCCUUUGUCCAGUUCACUGUGGGCCACAGGAGCUUUGAAAGCAAGAUCCGACACAAGACCAACGAGCCCGUCUGGGAAGAGGCUUUCACCUUCCUCAUCCACAACCCCAAGUGCCAAGAGCUGGAGGUGGAGGUGAAAGACGAGAAGCACGCGUGUUCCCUGGGAACGCUGUCCAUCCCGCUGAGCAACCUGCUGGAGGCCGAGGACAUGACUCUGAGCCAGCGCUUCCCGCUGAGCAACUCGGCUCCUGAGAGCUGCCUGAAGAUGAAGGUGGUCCUGAAGGUGCUGUGUCUGGAGAAGCUCAGCUCGUCAGAGGAGCCGUCCUCCGUCCAGGUGAGGAAGGCCGGCAUGAGCGUGAACUCCAGCAGAGACACCCCCAGCACCCCCAAACCCAACCCUCCCCCGGCUGCCUCCACAUCCACUCCUGUGGCCCCUUCCACCCCGGGCCCCGUCGAAGCCCCGGGCAGUCCCACGGCGCUGGCUGACGUGGGCCGCAGCACCUCGAGCCUGGCUGUGUCGGGCUCCCAGCAACAGCUGGCCGCUAAGGAACCCACGCCCAGCAUCGCUUCGGACAUCUCGAACCCCUUCGCCACGCAGGAGCUCCAGCAGAGGCUGCGGCAGCUGCAGAACGGCUCUGCCCCCAGCAGCUUCCCCCUGGGCGAGAUCCAGCUGACAGUGCGACACAGCUCCCAGAGGAACAAACUCAUCGUGGUGGUGCACUCCUGCAGGAAUCUCAUCGCGUUCACGGACAGCGGCUCGGACCCCUACGUGCGUCUCUACUUGCUACCCGACAAGAGGCGUUCCGGCCGGCGGAAGACUCAUACCAUGAAGAAGACGCUGAACCCGGUUUAUGACCAGACGUUCGAAUUCAGCGUCUCGCUGGCCGAGCUGCACAGGAGGACUUUGGACGUGGCCGUGAAGAAUGGGGGCGGCCUGCUGUCCAAGCACAAAGGGCUUCUGGGAAAGGUGCUGGUGGACCUAACGACCGAAGACGUCUCUAAAGGGUGGACGCAGUGGUAUGACCUCACUGAAGACGGGGCGAGAAGAGCGCGGGACAGCUAGAGGGCCCAUCGGAGAAUGCGGCAGAGCGCACACGAGCGCGCACGAGCGUAACCCCGUUUCCACACAGCACGCCGAGUGUUUUCUUUUACGUUUCCGACCAACGGAUCUUCUUUUAUGCAAACUGCUCGCGAUCUCCUAAUACUGUAAAAAUGUCACUUCCCGUGCACUUAUUUCCAUUUGCAUGGCCAAAAUGACUUUCUUUGCAUUUGGGUCGCGAACAUGGGAACACCGCGAUGGUGACCGGGAAACCAGUGACACCUCUCCGAGUAGCGAAGGAGCGUCAGCCAACCAAAGAGCCGAACGCGCCAUUUACUCGCCCACGUGGGCCGAACCUCGCUUGUGUCUGUACGUUUCCGUCACGUUUGUUUUAUGUUUUAAGUACUUGGUCACAUGGUGAUUUCCAAAUUAUGAUUUUUUUUUUUUUUUUUUUAAAUUUUUGUGCACAACAGUGGACCUGUCACACUGGGUUGACAGUUGCUGAUUUUCUAUAAAGAAAAGAAAAAAAAUGUAUUUUCUGCAGUAACAUCGGCCUUUCUUGUAUUUUACUCAAACUUUAUUUGAUCCUGUUGAUUUUUGUAUGUGCGUCUUCACAUGCCUCCCUGAUUUGCAUGCAGAUUACUGGGGGCGGAGCCUUGCUUAGUGUUAAUAGUCUGGGACACUGGGUGGAAGUGUUAACGGUUCCCACACUGAUAUGAGCCCAGGCCCGAGACGAUGCCCUGCAAUCUCCUCGGUGAGCGGAAUCGGGCGCUUUCUCGCUUGCGAAUGGUCGAUCAUAAGCAAUCUGUCACUGUCAAAAGUGCAUAAAUGUCGUUCUUCUCCCUGAGACAAAAAGGGGGAAGACGGCGGUGUGCGUCAGCUGUCCAGCCAGCGAUUCCUUCCUUCCAUCGCGCGCCUUUUCGCCUUCCCCAUGUAAUUUAUUUAUCUUGUGCCUUAAAUCACACUAUUCAACUAUGUAAACAUAUAAAUGCUUUUAAAGUUUCCAUAUUUGAGAAUGUCUCCUAAGAGCUUUUAAAUAAUA